CACCUACUGAUGUCGCAGCUUCGAAGGCCACAAUGAGCUCGGUCGAAGUGGUCGUGUUACGCGCUGAGGAGUAUGAAUCAGAUCUAAAAUUGGAGAGAACCUCACAGUGAAUUUCCGAGAGCCAGAAACUCCAAUUCGAGGUUCGCGAAUGAAGAGUUGCAGAGUCAACUGGAAGUUCAAGAAGAAGCGGCUGUUCGCUAGAGAGACAAAGGCAGUGGCGAAACUUGGCAUCGGAAUCAACCGCCGGCGUGAAGCCCAGACGGAGGUGGUAGCAGAGAGGGGUGAGCGAUGGGUGGCGACUCUUGAUGAUAAGAGGGAGGCUUGUGCUAGCGCUAGUCGUUGAUGCAAACGGAGUCGAAGUCAGCCAUAUCGAGAUUACCAUCUCGCCGCAGAGUGGACUUCUUGACGAGGCAAGCUUCACCGGCAAAGGAGGCGAUCAAGAGCGGCCGGAUUUGCACACCAACGUCGCGAUCUAUGCCAGUCACGGUGACAAGGGAGCGGGAACGAGCAACAAUGGGAGUGGGCUGUCCUUUGCUUCGCCGGUUGAAUUGUGCGCUGCUGGAGAAAGAGGUAAUGGCUCACAUGCCAUCGAGGAAGGAGAAGAAGAUUGGCGGCGGCCGGACCCUCUGCUCGUCGUCCGUCGGUGAGGAGAAGCCGAAGAAGAAGUCACCGGGGUGGACUUCGAGUGCCCUGGUGCACCGCUCGCCGGAGGACGAGAGGAAGAAGGAGAGAGCAGGUGGCGGUGAGCUUCCCUCGUCGUCAGAAAUGGAGGCGUUACGGGAGGAGGAGAGGACGAGGGUCGAGGCGCCAGCAGGCCAGUUGCGUCGCCAAAGGUGGAGAAGCAGGAACUGUCGGCGAUGGCGGACGGCGCGACAAGGAAGAAGAAGGCGGAGGAGGUGGUUGGCGGCUGGUUUCCUCCACUUGCAAGCCCUAAGUCGCCAAGGGUGGGCUGUGUGCGGCCGAAUGUGAUUAGUGGGCUCAAGUCAAGUCGAAUGGAACAGCUGAGCGGGCCAAGUUGGAAGGUGUGUGUGGGCUGGGGAAGAGCAGGUCAGCUCACAAGGGAGGAUUCGCUGGGCCUAACUUAAACCAGUCAAGGUGGGCCGAGCCAAAGCCAUUGAAUGGGUUGGAGCUUAAAGCAGAAUGGACCGACCAAAAUUGUGGUCUCGGUCACCAAAUGGGCUGGCAGUUGAGGUUGUGUUUAAAUGGGAUGCAUUUGCAGAAAAAGAGAAGUGGGUUGGUAGGAAUAAAAGAUGGGCUUUCAAGACAGCUAGGCCCAAAAUUGAUUGGAGAAACAACUUGUCAGAGUAAUGAGCUAAAUUAAGGGAAGAUGUUCGCAGAUCUUGAUGAGUUGGUUCUUAAAGAUAAGUUUUUGUGCCAUAAAGCACAUUCGGAUUCCUUAAGCUACUGGAUCGUGAUACCAGCGAAAGAGGAGUUGUUGGGCAAUGAGGUAAAGAGUGGAUCCUUGAAGCCAAUGUUCCUUGACCAGUUCGCAAGAAUAAUCACAAGAUCGACGGUGUGAGUCCUCAUACCAGAUUGGAAGAAAAGGAAGCGCAAGACGCGGAGGAGACGACACCUGGCUGGAACGAGAAGAGUUGAGGAGCGAGACAAGUCCGUCAACCUUGAGGACAAAGUUGGUCUGAAGGGGGAGGGGAUGAUAGAAACCUACUUUCCACGGGUUUCUAUUAUAAUUACCAUAUUCAUAUUAUAGAUAAUUAUUAGAAUAAAUCACUACUUGGAGG